UGUGGGAAGUCCCAGUGUGACUGAAGAGUCCCUCCUGUGUGCUGGAACUGGGUGUGUACAUGUUGGCAACGAAGCAGGUACUUUUGGUAGGGCUGCAGCUACAAUUUUUUUAGCUGCUACUUUCAGAAGACCUACAUUGUCUGAAGUUGACUGGAAGACGAGGCGGUCACAAGUAUGGAGCCCUCCGCAGAAGCCUCACCUGAGUCCAAGUCAGAUUGUCCAAUCUGUAUAGGGCCCCUCACGGACCCUUACUGCCUCUCCCUCUGCAGUCAUGAAUUCUGCCGCCAGUGCCUGAGUCAUGCUCUAAAAGUGAAUAGCCACUGCCCAAAAUGCAGAGGAAGAGUGCAAACCUGUGAUAUCAUGAACAUGAAUGUUGAUGACCCCUCUAGUAAUGCCCCUCUCAGAGCAGCCCAGAGGUUUGGCAUUCCUCUGAUUGGUCUGACAGGGCAGCCUGUUCCUGCACAAGGAAGACAUAGGGGAGAUGCCUUCAUUGGACUGACACAGCUCAGACUUCAGCUAGAGCGAAGCCAGCUCUUUUUGCCCACCAUGACGAACCAGACUCCGAGAGACCUUGGAGCAUCCUCGGCAAACAACUCUACUCCUGCCACAGCGCACGCCGCCUCCGUCACCACCCGGCCUGCCCCCAUACCCUCCCCCCGCUCCGCGGCCACACUCAGACCCAUCGCCACGCCUCUACUUCGCCCCAGUGGGCCUGUGUCUGCGUCGCAACAAGCCCCCGCCACCCCUGUCCUCCCCGCCACCCCUGUCCUCCCUGUCCUCCCUAUCUCAGCUCCACUGCUAACCACAACAACUCAUUCCUUUCCGUUCCUAUCCUCCUCAUUAUCCCUCUCGUCUGACAACGAUUCUGAUGAUCAGGAAGACAUAUUGGAGGAAUUCCAGUUUAACCAGUCGAUCCACCUAAGCCAGCCUCUGAGCACCGCCGUGAGGAUGUUUUCCUGCCCAUACUGUGAUGAAGGAGGUCUGGAUGAGUUAGACCUUCUAGAACACUGUAACGAGCACCAUCUCCAGGACAGAAGGAGCGUGGUGUGCCCUGUCUGUGUGUCUCUGCCACACGGGAACCCAACCCAAGUCAGCAGAGGUUUUAUUGCACAUCUGAACCUGAGACACUGCUACUACACCAACGACUACACGAAUAUUAGCCAAAGCGACCCGAUGAAUGAACAAGAUGCCAUAUUUGAGUCUUACAGAGUCAACAAGCAGAAUUCCGGAUAAUGUCACAUGGAAAUGUAUGACAUCAGAAUCAGAAUUUGUUUUACUAAUCGCCAUGUAAGUUCACACAAACAAGGAAUUUACUGUGGCAGGAAGGUGCAUACAAGAAACAUAUACGGAUCUUAAAUAUAAAAGUAAAAUUUACAAAAGUAUAAGUAAUACAAAUAAAACGAAACAAUAUGUAAGAUAUAAAAUCAAAAAUAGAUGUACAUAUAAAAAUAGGGCAACAUAGUGCAAUAUGACAAGGUGGCUUGUGCGAUGUGCAAAUAGGUGGUGGAUGGUCAGUGUGGGUGCUUGGCCUUGUUGAAGAGGCCAGCAGGAGAUGGAAAGAAACUGUUCUUAUGGCGUGUGGUUUUGGUCCUGAUGGACAGCAGUCUUCUGCUAGAGGGGAGUAGCUGGAACCAUCGUCAGAAAUAUGGGCAAUAUAUAAGCAAAAUCACACGAGAAGGAGUGCGUUACUGCUGAAUAUCAGCACGGCUGUGAUUCAGUCGUAGCAGAUAUCCAAAUGCUUGGAUAAAAUAGAACUAACAGUUUGUAUGAUUGUACGUGACAUUUUACAAGUGCAAAACUUUUGGUUUAUCAAACCAAUUGCCAAAAAAAUCACUUUAUUUGAACUGCAUUUUCUUUGUACUGUAAAAACACACUUUAUGUAUCGCUAUUCUAAUAUACUGUGUAAUGCGCCUUUUGUAAUGCAACUACCAAUAAAGGAAUUUUGAAUCAGA